AUUGCCUAUUUUUUUUAGCAUAUAUUGUAUUUAUAUUUGUUACCUUAUAAUAUUUAAUACUUGUUUGUCUUCUUUAUUAUUAUUAUUACUUUUUUUUUGAUAAUAUAACUAAUAUUUUAAUAUUUAAUGAGCAGUUUUGAAACAGCAAAUAAUAAUUUAAUGACAUUAAAUAAAGAGCCAUUCCCAACUCAACAAACAUCAUCAUCAUCAUCAUCUAACAUUGUGCCUGAUUCAAAGGAUAUUUCUAAACUUAUUUUAAGAUCUGCUUUACAAAGAGCAAAUAUGGCUGUUCAAUGUGAUUCGAUGAAUGAUGUUCCUGGUGCUAUACAUGCUUAUAAAGAGGCCAUCUCUUUGUUGGAACGUGUGCUAUCUAGUGUAAAAAAAGAAAGUGAACGUCAAAGAUUACAAACUAUUCAUGACUCAUAUUUAGAAAGAAUUAGGCUAUUAAGUUCAGUGAAUAAUGGUUUAGAACAAGACUCCAAAUCAAUAACAUCGUCAAUUAUCUCUAAUAAUUUAGCUAUUCGAAGAAUGGCAUCUUCAUCAUCUAUGAACAAAAAUGGACAUGACGCAUUCAGUAAUAAUAUAUCUAAAGUUUCUGUAUUUCAUCCACAAUCUUCUAAAAGUACGCCUAUUCGUCAACUUGUCAAGAAAAAGCUGAAUGAUACUCGAGAUGAAGAAGAAGAGGUGGAAGAGGAAGAGGAAGAGGAUAAGAAUAAAGUGGAUUAUCGAUCUUUAGAACAUCAGCAAAGCUCAGUUUUAUUAACUGGAAACCCCUCUUUAACGACCCCACUUCAUCCUAAUCGAUCAUCUAUUAGUUCAUCAGAUUCAUGUGUAUUUGAUUCAAUUAUAGAACAGCCAACAAUGACUUUACCCUCAUUAAAGAAAAAGGAAGUAGAAAUAGUAAAUGAUAAAAACAAGACUGAAGUUCGUACAAGUAGUUUACCGUUAAAAUUAACAUCUCCAAUCAUGCAAAGAUCUUCUUCUAUGAUAGCACCUGAACCUGUACCUUCAGUAUCAUCUCCUCAAGAGGAUAGUCUAUUGUCUACUUCACCUCCUCAUCAACUGACUCGAUCUGUCAUCGCUCGACCCUCUGUAGGUGGCAGUUUAGGGUCUAUGCGUAGAAAGGCAAUCAAUCGACUCUCGAUUGAAGGUUUCUCUAUGAGUCGUAACAAAGAUAAACUAUCGCAUUCACCGGGGAAUCACAGUCAUUACGGUUAUUUUAUUAAAGAUCAAAUUAAGCCAGUUACAACAAAUGAUAUAGAUUAUCUUGAAACAACUAAAAGGACUCUGUAUGAUGAUAAUCAAGAAGAAAAAGAAAAUGAUUCUCCAUUUGUGAACAAUGAGUUUACAAAUGUAGACAAUAAUCGAUUUGGAUUAUUAUUUGCUUUGGAAAAAAGUAUGUUGGAAGGUGCUUAUAUUACUCAAAAACUUUAUAUACCCAAAGCCUUAUGGCAACAACCUAAUAUACGACUUUCAUCCGUAGAUAUUAAAGUCUCUGCUUGUGAGACAUUAAUGAAUGAUAUUGCACGACUCGAAAAUUGGAAUUAUUUAAAUGAUUUAUCCAGUUCCAUAAAACUUUUAGAGCAAUUCGAACAUUCAAUUGAACAACUUCAGCUGAUAUUAUCCAAGAAAUUAAAAAGAGUAAGCUUAUCUGAAACUAAUAAUAAUGGAACAAAUCAUCAACAAAAUAGUGCUAUGAACAAUAACAGUAAUCGAGAUUCAAUAUCUGUUAUCAGUCGAAUCGAUACAGGAAAGAAAGCACAAUCAUUUAUGUCUUGGGGAACUAAACUAACAAAAUCAGUUGAAAGAAUGAAUGCAUUUAGUUUAACAAAAACUGAAGAUCAAUAUAAGAAUUAUAUCGAAGUAUUACAGAAGUGUUAUUAUCAUUAUUAAUGUAGAUAUUUAGAAAAUUGGUUAAAUUAUUAUGAUGGUGAAAGGAAAAGGUCUUUAAAGAGUCCACACUAUAAUGUAUUAAUCUUGAAAUUAAGUAAAAUAUGUGCCAUUAUCAAUCAUAUUGUAGGUAGUUUCAUUGUUAAAGAUAUCGCAGUAUUACUUGCCAAAUGGUUAAAACGAGGCGCUUCUUGGGUAAACGAAUAAAUCCAAUUAUCUUCUAAAAUAUUAAAUAAAGAAAUAAAAUAAAAUAAAAUUAUGGCCAAACAUCACAGUCAGCUUCUGUUAAAUUGAUAUCGAUCACUUCAGGUGGUGACUC